UUACAUAAUUUUCAUGUAACCAAAAAUGGUAGGUACCCUCUCAAAGUUAGAUGAAGAACAAAAACAAUCUUACAAAUGUGUAUCAUAAUUAAGCAGCAAAUGUUACUAAGUCUAAACCUGGAGUGGCGUAGAGAUUAAGCAGCAAAUGGAAUAUUCUUGGGUUACUUUUUGUCUUCCUCGCGUCCGAACUAAUCUCAAACACAACCUUUUCAUGUCUUGCCUGAGAAUUAAGCUUUUCCCAGUCAAAAGAGUUUGGAAGAGUUUAACCACCAAAUUCCACAAGCUCCGGAGAUCCAAAACCAAACUCCAAACCAGGUACGGUGCAUCAGCUUCAGCCAAGCGCUAUUAAGGGAAGAAUCUUGGAGACAGAGACUCGAAAGUUUUAUUCUUUUUCCGGCUAAAGAGAGGUUGCUUGUUCAAGAAGAAACGCGAAUAUGUUGUAUACGUCCAUAAGCUCUUCAGAGAAGCCAUCUGGAUUCCAGCAAAACAGUGGAAACCGGAGAAAGAAUUGGUACCAGAGAACGGAAUAGACGAGAGAGCCCAAGAGUUCAUCAACAGAAUGAAAGCAGAGACGAUCGCUGCUGCACGCAGCUCAUAAGCAGACUU